AUGAAGGUGGAUCCCAACAAGGUAGAAGCCAUUAUUAAUUGGAAGCCUCCCAGAAAUGUUACAGAAGUUCAUAAUUUCCUCGGUUUGGCUGAUCACAAGAGUUUGAAGUAUCUCGGCAUGCAGAAAGAGUUAAAUUUGAGACAGAGGAGAUGGCUGGAAUUGAUAGAUGACUAUGAUUACUUGAUUGACUACCAACCUAGGAAAGCUAAUGUUGUAGCAGAUGCCUUAAGUCGCAAGAACAUGGCUAGCUUGAGAGUUUCACCUUUAUCCAUGGUGCAUGACUUGAGAGCACUACAUGCCAGUUUGGAGAUAGAUAAUGAUGGGCAAAUGGUAGCUACUUGGAAAGUGAAGCCAAUGUUGAUUGAGCAAAUCAAAAUAGCAGUCCAGAAUGAUGAUAAGUAUUUGAAAUUAGUGGAAGAGUCUCAGAAUGGCAGGAAACGAGAAUUUUCAGUAUAUGGUGAAGGCUUGUUGUUAUACCAGGACAGAAUGUGCAUUCUUAAUGAUGUGGGAUUGAAGCAGAUCAUUUUGAAGGAGGCAUAUGAUUCACCAUUUGCUAUACACCCUAGUGGGACAAAAAUGUAUAAAACCAUUAAAGAGCACUACUGGUGGACAGGGAUGAAGAAAGAUGUUGCAGAAUAUGUAGCUAAAUAA